GUUUGUGUUGGUUUCUCUGACGAACGUAUCAUGUCUACGGUCGUCGGCACAUUUUGGUAUUUUAUGUUGAGUUGCAUAGGGUUUACACUUGGUUCUCGCUAUAGCUAUAUAUACAAUGCGUCAGAUGAAUUCCUGAGUCCUGUUCAUCAACUGCAGGAACCCGUCUAUCAGUUACAACUCGAUAGCAAUGUGAAAGGAAAGUUGCCUUCAGAGGGUUUGAGUUUCGUCAUUUUCGUCUCUUUGGUGGCAAACUUUGCGUUAAUCGUUUUGAUCGUUACAGUCUUGGGGGUCAAGAGGCGCCUGGCUGCCCAAGUUUCUUCAGCUGAAGGUGAAGAACGGGCUGAUGUUGGCAGAAAGGACCGCCUGCAAUCCGACGAGAUAGAGGGUGGACGCCCCCAAGAGUCGGAGACGAAGGCAAUGGAGGAGCAGCUGAAGGCUUCCGAGGGAGAAGACGUUUCGUUAGAAGAGGAGGAACCGAAUAAAAUGGAUAGUAACUUGCAGGCAGUGUCUGGAAAAGAUGAUGGCGCUUCGGAAGGUGUUUGUGUAGAAUCUUCUGUUGAGUCGUACAGGCGUUAUGUUGGUUUACUAGCAUCAAAAAAAGCCUGUCUGGCGAUAGCGUCGGCCGACGGUAUUGCUGCACAACCCGAAUCAAGUUAUUCUGUUCGGCUUUCUUCACCCAUAAAGGAACAGCAUGCUCAUGCCAGCGGCCUCACCAACUUCGGCUCUGAUCAGUUAUCUUUAAGCGUUUCGGGGACAGGCGAAGCUUCAGAAGGACCGUCGAUUUUAACCCAGUGCCCUCCAGCCGCGGAAGCAUCAGCCGACGACGCGUUACUUGCUAGCACGGCUUUUAGUCUCCUGCCUCCCCCGUUCAAUGCCGUCUCUCCACAUCUCUCAAAUUCGUCUCAACACAUUCUCAGCCGCAACUGUGCGGCAGAAAUCCAUGUGAGCCAGGUCGUAUUCAGCUAUCUCCACCAACUCCUUUCUCUUAAAGACAGGCAGAUUCGUGUCUCAGAGAAAAAAUUAAACCUCAAAGAGCAAGGGUCCGCGAUGAAAAGGACGAAGAUGAUGAGCAAGAUGAAAAAGCAGGUCGAGAAAGAGAACAGGUUAUACAUUAGAACUUUACUUUCCUAUAAUAUUUGGCUAUUUGCUCUGGUUUUUUUGUUUGGCGUUUACUUCAAGCUGAGCAAUCUUUUUUAUAUGGUCGUUUUUCAACAGUCCCAAGAUGAUUGGUGGUGCAAACACCUUGGCAUAUGCAUUAGAAAGAGGUUUAUUUUGGCCGUUGUUCUGCUUCUAUGCUCCUCAGCCAUAUGUAAAAUCAAGAUUUUCGAUAAUCGAAUCUUUGAUAUUAUUUUUGUACUGUUCGUCUUGCAACUUUUAGGACUGGACAGACAUCUCGUUGCUGCCUUUAUACCAGUUGUAUUGACACAUUCAACAUUCGCGAUUCUUAUGUACUGGAAGUACUCCAAGAAUCGUCUAGUACCUACUGCUGCAGGUCUCGUUGUCGCCUAUUUUGUCGCCUCUUUUUUGACUGCUAUCCUUAGUAUCGGUCUCGUCAGCGAGAGCGAUUGGAACAGAUGUUACCACCAAUUCGUGGAGGAAGCAAUCAGGGUUUUGUUGACCUGAAGCCACGAGAGGCGCGCUGCUGAGAUAGGCAGGCGUGCUUUUUUUGGCUAUUAAAGGUUUGAAUGGGGCAAGUGCACACUUGGGCGCGCCUCAUACAUAUACAAACACUUCGACCAGAUUUUGAAAGAUUUUGAAAGUUGCUUCAGAAGCGCGCUCUUGUCGUCUGCAACAUUUUUUGCGUUGGUGCGCGUCGGUGAAACUUGAGACGACGACAAGGACGCUGAAUUUGCUCAAUGCCCCGGCAAUCGAUGCUUUCACUGAAUACAACAAUCCUUGUUUGGCGAGCGGCGUGUGCGCAUCUCUCCGCGAAUGAUUGCGUCAAUCCGGGACACGUGGACACAAAAAAAUUCCAGGAAGAGAGGUACAAUGCCUGGGACACAUUUUCGAUACUCUGGCGUUUGCUGCGAUUGGGUCAUCUCUGUCACUUAACAAAUGCGUUUUCCUGGUGAUUUUUGAACAUCUUCAUUAUUUUGUUGAUUUUAUCCGUUCUCAAGGCGGGAGAAAGCGAUGCUCUGAACGGUGGAGGAAGUCUCUUUUCAGAAUUGCUUGCCCGAGCUUUUUGGUUUGCGUCUAUUAUUGCUGGCUGGCAUCGGGGUUGAUCUGCUUUUUUUUCGGGUUUGGCAAGUUUUUCAAGUAGUCGAUCAAUUUGUCGAACUGAAGUUGUUUGAUUUCUUCCAUUUGCAAUAAGUCGUAUGGAAGCCCUGUCGUCAUACGGAAGAGGUUGGGAACGAUGCCUUGUUCUUCCACUACUCGCAGCUCGGCUCGAUGGCUGACGUUGGUCAAUGCAUCUAUUUCCUCCCAUGUCCACAAAAGAGGAUCUGUAUAGUCCGCGUGGUAGGGGGAAAUAUCGACCAACCACACGGAUCCUCGCGAGUGUAUGUAAGUGUCAAAUACGUCUGAGGCAAAGGAAGUGUCAGUUGCGAUAGAAUUUGUGUUUUCUGUCUACUUCGUCAAAAAAAAUACGUACAAGAGUCGAGUGGGAAAUGAUCCGCCAACUUUGUUUGCCAGAAUUCGAUAAUUUUGCUUUCGAUGUCUUUUUUUUCUUUCGACAGAAAGAGCCAGCAUUCCGAUAUCUGUUUCUGGCUGAUUGCUGAAGUUGUUUUGACACAAAGGUUAGCAUGCAUACCGGGAGUUGACGAACGGUUUGUCUUUAGUAUGACACCAUGGCGGUGACGCUACCUAUGAGUUCAUGGUGCUUGACGAAGCACCUGAAUUCCAUGGAUGUGUUGACGUUGUGCCACUUCCGCAAAGCCAGCUGCGGGGCCGAGGCGGCCUCUUGACUGUGCAGACUCGACUGAAUCUUUUUGAACAGUUCCAAGUCGCUUCGGAUGCGAUCCGACGCUUGUAUGGCUAGCAAGACUUCAUCGGUGGUCGUGCAUUUUAGCGUCCCGCAAGGUAUUAUCCAACGUGCGUCGAGUGCCGAUGACCAAAAGCAUUUGACAAAGAUACCGCCAUCUUUUCCGGGGGAGGCCCACAUUUUCAGAGCCGCUUUUAUUCGUUCUUUUGUCUCUUCAGGCACAUCCAGUCGUUUUCUAUUGACUGAGCUGUCCGAUGAUUCUUCCUCCUGCGAGGGCGGCGCCCCUGGAUUUUUAGACCAUUCGUCGUCUGAGUCGUCGCCGCAUGGAUCGAGGCUUCUAAUGUCGCAUUGCGCAUCCAAGAAUAUGCCUUCGCUGUCCAGUAGGUGCCUCACUACUGCGUCGGAGAGAGACAGGAAUCGCGUUGGAAAGGUGAUACGAGCGAGAUUUGGAUUUUUGUACCACUGCGCGAUACUGCAGGUCCAAAGCUGUUCGUAGAGUUCUAGUUGAGUUAAAUCUGCGUAGCAAUUUUCAUCUGGAGGAGUCAUUCUGCGAGGCGCAGCUGAGACGGAUUGGUUGAGACA